AUUCACAAUACUUAUUAUUUUACUGUGCUUUUGAAGCUGACACUCUCCUCUCUCUCUCUCCAUCUCUUUGCGGGGACAUCUUAAAAUUCUCUCUCUCUCUCUCUGCAAGUUUCAAUGGCUACUGAAUUUGUCAACAAGGCUCAAACACAGCUUGAAUACCCUGAGAUGAUUUAUGAAGCACUUGAUGCACUACAACAAAAAGAAGGCUCAAACAAGUCAUCAAUAUCAAAUUACAUUGAGUCCAAGUAUGGAAUCUUGAAUGAUACUCACUCAAAGUUGCUAACUUACCAUUUGGAUAGAAUGAAACAAACUGGUGAACUUAUUUUUCUCAAAAACAAUUACAUUAAGCCUGGUCCAAAUGUACCUCCUAAACGUGGCCGUGGAAGACCACCAAAGCCUAAAACUACAUUGCCACAAGAUACAGAAAUUGCAGCUCCAAAACCAAGAGGUAGACCAAAGAAAGAUCCUAAUGCACCACCUACUCCCAAGAAAUUAAAACCAGCAGUUGCUCCUAUUAACUUAGCUAAUCCUGUUUCUAAAACUGGAAGGCCUAGAGGUAGGCCUAGGAAAGUUAAGCUACAAUCAGCACAAAAUGGUGUUGAGUAAAGUACAGCCUGGCGCACUAUAGCGGGAAGCUCCCGCUAUGUGCGGGGUCCGAGGAAGGGCCGGAUCACAAAAUGGUGUUGAGUGAAGCUGAAAAUAUGUGGACUUUGUUGAUGGUGAUGACUCUUAUUACUGUGUUAUGUCUUAAGUUUUUCUUGGUUGAUGUUGUAUUUGGAAUGAGUUGUGUGUAGUUCCUGUAGCUGUGCAAUGUAGAAUUUUAGAUGAGGGUGUACUUGUUUAAUGCUUGUUGUUUCAAGAUUCAUAGCAGAUAGGAUGGUUAAGCUAUAGCCAGCACAGAAUGGUGUUAGAAUGAAGCUGAAAAUUUGUGGGCUUUGUUGAUGGUGAUGACUCUAUCUUAUGACUGUUUUAAGUCUGAAGUUUUUCUUGGUUAACUAGUGUUUUAAUUGCAGUGAGUUGUGUAUUGUUCUUGUAGCCUA